GCCAGGGUUAAGCGUCAUGGGGGAUGGCAUUUAGAUUCUGUGAUAAAUUGCAAGGUUUUAGGAGCAGCCAUAUUGAAAACUGCCAAUUGAGUUUUAGAAGCAGAUAUUUAAGGACACCUUGAAAUAAAUACAUUUUCAUAAUGCCUACCAAACUGGUAAAAGAUAUUGCAUCUUCAAAUUCCUAUGCUUCAUUCUUUGCUCCUGUGAAUAAUCAGUAUGACAAGGGAAGAAAAAAGAAAAGAAAGAAGAAUGCCAAAAAUAGAGCACAGCAAGUUACAGUCACAAUAAAAUCAUUUGAUCGGCCAAAAUCUGACUUUGGAUUCAAAUCAGAAAAAUCGUUUUGCAGGACCAACACAAGUGACAGUCUAAACUCCACAAAGCUCCCCUCCAUUUACAGUAGGUCCCCUCCAAGUCCCAGACUUUUGACCCCCUUAAAUAGAACUCCCCCUGUUUUGUCAAUGAACAGUGUGCCCACAGCAUGUGAACGGAGGAAGAAAUUACCACUUUUAGCUGCCAUUAAACCGGACAAUGAGAAAGCUGAAAAGGAGAGAUUCAUGCGUGCCAAUUUUCUGUAUAACCCGUAUUUUAUGUAUAGAUUUCCUGCUGAACCUGAGGUAUUAGAGAAGUGCAGUCAGCCAUCUGAUCGUUUUAUAAAUGAGGCUAUUUAUAUCAUGGAAAAUUCACUAGAAAAAUACGGCACCUAUGAAGAAUUUGAAGCUCAAACAGGAGGGCAGGUUAUAGGAAGAUCUCAGAUCCUAGCCAUCAUCAAACGAUACUUAAAACGAGAGGAAUUAGAGGAUGACAUCCUCCUGAACUUAACGGAUGAACUGCUGUCUCGAGGAUCCAUGACAAGGAACAAAGGAAAGCCGCAACUCAACGUUAGGACUGUCAACCUAAGAGAAAUGUGGGUAGAGGGUUUACUACGACAUGAAAUAGGUACUCACCACUUAAGGAGUGUUAACAACAGAUACCAACCUUGGAGUAACUGGAAAGUUCGGAAGGACAUGGGUCUACGGUCCAUGAACCCCACAGAAGAGGGUCUGGCCUCCCUACACAGUGUUCUUUACCGCAAAGACCCAAGUCUAUGGCGAGCUGCUGUGUUGUAUUACACAGUUUUUAAGGCCUCACAAAUGUCUCUAAAGGACUUGUUCAAAGAUUUGGGUCAAUAUGUUCAGGAUCCAAAUGUGCGCUGGGACUACUGCAUCAGGGCCAAAAGAGGACAGACUGAUACGUCAAGACCAGGUGCAUUCUGUAAGGACCAAGUCUACCUUGAUGGUGCUCUUCAGAUAUUGAAACACAGAAGACACAUAGACUUUGAGAUGCUGAUCCGGUUAGGGAAAAUUGCCUGGCAGGACAUUGAUAUACUGAGACCUUACGCUGAGUUACAGGAAACCCAGAUUCCAUUCUUUAUGGAGGACAUGACAGCUUACAGGAAGCAUUUAGACAGGAUAGCAGAAGCUAAUGGUCUAACAGAUGAAAUCCUUACAGCUGUAUGAUAGCAUUGUGAUUUGUCUCUUAAAGCGUGUAUGAGCUUAGACUUAUGUGACUCAUUAGACAAAAACUCCAUCAACCUCUUUCUGAGAGUAUAUCACUUUACAACCAUUUUUAGUUAUUAUACCCCUGUAAAUGAAGUUUUGAGGUAUACUGGAAUCACCAUGUUUGUCUGUAGACAAUUUUCGUCUGGCAAUAAUCUCUGACAAUGCUUUUUUCAAAUUUUGUAGAAUAUAUAUACCAUCUGAACUUAUGCCCCUGGUAUUUUCAGAUUGAUUUAUCAAUAUUUUAAAAGUUUUGACUUUUGAAGAGCCAUUGUAGGAGUGAAAUUCUUCUCUUGACAUAACUUCAGAACCUAACUCCUAUCUUAGAUAAAAAGGUAGCUUGUGUCCAGAAAUGUGCCUUGACCCAGUACCAAGGUCAUUUUGGAUAAUGUCAAGGACAAAGUAUUUAAAAAUUGUUAUUCUAGCAAUAACUUUGAAAUGGAAAAAGAAUAGGAGCUUAUACCAGAGACAAAUGUUGCUUGUGACUCAAGGAUAUGCCCCUACCCUAACCCAGGGUAAUUUGGACAAAGUCAAGGUCACAGUUUUAGAAAUAUAAAAUUCUUCUUAUAUCCAUGAAAUUAAUGUGAAGAAAAGGGUGUUUCACACCAUAGUCAUUUAGUCAAGAUCAAGGUCACUGGGUUUGAAGUGUAAUAUUCUUGUCCAUAACUUUAUAAUAAAAUAACUUCCAAAAAUCAUAUUGCCCUAAGAGUUGAUUAUGAUCAUAGGAUAUGACAUGAUCCUGAUCACUAAGAUGGGUCAUUAAGAUAAUGUCAAGAUCACAGAGUUCAGAGAAGUAUCUCAGAAAUGAAAAAUUAGAAAUGACAAAACUUUAUUAGAGGAGUAUCAGGAGGUCAUACUUGGGAUACAGGUGACAGUAACUGAGAGGUAUGUCAUGAUUCUGUGCCAUCCAGGUGUGUUCAUAAGGUCAGUGUCACCUGACUUGGAAGUUAAAUGUUCUUUGGGCCAUAACAUUUUGAACCUUGGAUGAAUUUUUGUACUCAAUACAACCAUUACCAGUACUCUUUAGCAGAGGUGGAACAAACUUCAUCCAAUUAUGACAGUAGGAUGGCAGAGCUCUUUUUGUAAUUUAUAUUAAAGUGAGUCCUUUUUCUUGUUGCCUCUCAGGAGUAUUAGUCCUGUUACGACAGUUCCAGUUUGAUUGUUUUUUAAAGUAUU